AUGGAAGCAAUUGAGGGGUCUUAUCGCGUAUGCGCGGGGAAGAAUGACAAAACGGGAAAUGACGCAUACUACAUACGAAAAGCGAAUAUGGAGGAGAAACCCCUCGAUGAGUUCUGGACUACUUUCUCCAGUGACCGAGCGAGUUUCUGCCUACCAAAUAGCUGGGUGCACCAAAAAGGAUUGAGUCCUCGCUUUCUGAUUCACUUACCAAGCCCACCGUCGUACGACCAGCCUCCGCCCCCAUACGACGAUGCGAUUCAUGAUCUUCCACCCGAAUACUCUAGCCUACCUCCGCUCGCUCAGCGCAAAUUAUCUAAUGUUGCCUUCCCCGAAAAACCUCGUCAAAAAUCGCAUAAUCCGUCUCCUUCGCUGCUGAAAGAUCGCACGCUGGAUGUACGCAUAGACUUUGAGAAUCCUAUUGGAUACCGAGAGCAUAAGAAAAAGAAAACCGCGGCAGCAAAGAAAGCAGCACCGCCUCCUGCUCCCCCUUCUCCGCCGCCGCCACCGGCCGGAGGUGAUGACAAUUCCAACGGUGACGGUGAUGCCGGCGGGGCUGGCGGUGAUUCAGGCGGGGCUGGAGGCGGUGACGGGGGAGGGGGAGAUGGCGGUGAUGAUUGGGGCGAUUGGAAUGUAAGCGGAAAGAAGGAUAAAAAGAAGAAGGAACAGGAAGAGGAAGAAAGAAAAGCCAAAGAGGAGGAAGAGAGAUUGGCCAAGGAAGAGGAAGAGAGACUGGCCAAAGAAAAGGAAGAAGAAGAGAGACUGGCUAAGGAGGAGGAAGAACGAAAGGCUGCUGAAGCCUCCGCUGCCAAUAAUCUUAGUUGGGCGGAGGAUGACGGUGGGGGAGAUUCUUCGUGGGCUGCCUUUACGAAUGUAGGGAAAAAAAAGAAAGGGAAGGCAAAUGUUGCACCUCCUGGGGGGUUCCAGGACGUAAGUCUUAAUGAGGGCGCACCACAAUUGGACUUGAAUUUCGAUAGUCCCGCUCCGAAGACCGGCGGAACUGGGUUUAAUUUUGGAGGAUGGGGCAAAGAUUGGAAUACUGGUGGCAAGCUUGAUCCUCUUGGAGACGCUCCUAAAGACAACAACCCAUGGGGGCCAACCAAGAAAGUAUCCGAGACUGGUGAUUUCGAUUUCGACAUUGGCUCCACGCCCGGCGAAAUCAAGCAAGAAGAUGGCUGGGGAGGAGGUGAUUGGGGUGUGAUCAAAGACAAAAAUAAGAAGGGGACGUCCGAUCUAGAGCCCGCACCUGAGGCUCCUAUGCCUCCGCCUGCACCUGCACCCAGAGUCGAUUUCACGCAGGAAGCCUGGUAUCUGAACCUCUCCAAGAAGGAGCAGCGUAAAGCGAAGAAAGAGAUGGAAAAGAAAUGGAAAGAUGAGGACGAAGCCGCAGCAAAGUUAGCAGAAGAGCAGGCAGCAGCCAAGGCAGCUGAGCCUGAGCCCGAACCGGAGCCCGAACCUGAACCCGUGCCUGUACCUGAACCCGAACCGGUGGCCGAGGAAAACCCAGCCGAGGCAGAUAAUGACUGGGGCUGGGGUGUUCCAGUGAAAACCAAAGAUAAGAAGAAAAAGAAGAUCAACCUUUUAGCGGAUCCGGAGCCUAUCAUCGAUGAGCCACCGAAACCUAAAGAACCAGUUGACCCUUUUGGCGCCUGGGGAGUCUCAAAGGACAAGAAGAAAAGUAAAGGGAAAGCCGAGCCUGUUCCGGAACCAGAACCUGAGCCGGAGCCCGAACCUGAACCCGAACCCGAACCUGAACCUGAACCUGAACCCGAACCAGUACCAGAGCCCGAGCCUGAAAAGCCAAAGGUGCCUGAUGAUCCUCUAUACGCAAACUGGCGCGAGAUAUCGUCCAAAGAGCGCAAGAAGCGAGAAAAACAAUUGGUGCGCAAGGGUCUCCCUAUUCCUGGGAAGGACUUCGAGCUGCCAUCCGAUCAGCCGCCUGAGCCAGUUGUGGCACCGGAGCCAACACCUGAACCGGUACCCGAGCCUGAGCCAGUUCUGGAACCAGAGCCAGAGCCUGAGCCAGAGCCAGAGCCUGAACCUGAACCUGAACCUGAACCUGAACCUGAACCUGAACCUGAACCGGUGCUUGAGCCCGAGCCCGAGCCCGAGCUAGAGAAACCUGCUGAAGACGAUUCAUGGGGCAUUUGGGGGCCAGCGAAGGAAAAGAAAAAGAAGAAGAAGGGCAAGGAUAUCGAGGAACCUCCUCCACGUGCACCGACACCGCCUGCUCAGGGUUUGUCCCCAGAGCCGGAGGCUUUCUAUGACAACACCGACGAUGUUUGGGCUGAGCUCGCCCCCAAAACCUCCAAGGGCUCAAAGAAGACCACGAAAGCUAUCGAGCCUCCUCCCAAAGAGGAGAAAGCAUCGAAAAGCUUCUGGUCGAGCCUGACUGGUGGAUCUACGAGUAAAACCAAAUCGACGAAGAAAGCUAAAGAGGAAAAGAAGGAGGCAAACCCUAUAGCAGAGGAAGACCUGCUUAUUGAUGUUGAGGAUAACCCCCUGGAGCCUGAAUUAGAGCUAGCACCUGAGCCUGAGCCUGAGCCUGAGCCAGCACCAGAACCGGAGCCUGAGCCUGAACCUGAACCGGAGCCUGAGCCAGAGCCUCCUGCCCCCGAGAAGACCAAGAGCAAGUCUUCCAAGCUUAGUGUUGCCGAGCGUAUCAAGGCCCUGGAGCAGGCCAAGAAGGAGAAGGCAAAGGCAGAAAAGUUAAGCUCGAAGAGCAAAUCCAAGGAAAAGAAGGUCGAACCGGAGCCGGAACCAGAGCCUGAGCCUGAACCUCUUGUUGAGGAGCCCGCUCCGUCGAAGAAGAGUUCAAAGUCUAAGUCUAAAACUGCAGAGGCUACUGAGUCCGAAGAAAGAAAAGUUUCUAAGGACUCUAUCCCUGGAAGCUUCCCAGACUUUGGAGAUGAACCCGAGCCCGAACCUGAGCCUGAGCCUGAACCAGAGCCAGAGCCUGAACCAGAGCCUGAACCAGAGCCUGAACCAGAGCCUGAGCCCGAACCGGAACCGGAGCCCGAGCCACCAGCGCCAGAUCUUUCAAAGAUGUCAAAAAAGGAACUCAAGAAGCCGAAGCUGAGAAAGCCGCUGCUGCCGCUGCUGCUGCCGCUGCCGCCGCGGCCGCCGCUCCCAGGGAGCCAACUCCACCACCCCCCCGAGGAAACACGUGAGCUAGGCCUGGAGCCUGAACCAAUUGCAGAGCCUGAACCAGAAGUAGAACAUCAACCGGAGCCAGUGCCGGAGCCAGAGCCUGAGCCAGAGCCAGAGCCUGAGCCUGAGCCUGAGCCUGAGCCUGAAGCUGAGCCUGCGCCUGCAACUGCACCUGAACCCGAGGCUGUUGCCGAGGAACCAGAGAAGGACGAAAGUAGUCCUCCUGUGGCUCCGCCAGAGCCUACCAAAGAGCCUCCCAAAUCCUCCAAGAAGGAGCGACCUCGCCCUGAGCGUACUACGAGUACCUCUUCAUGGGGCUUCUGGGGGGUAGCGCCGCCCCCAAAGAAGUCGAGUAAGAAGGAAAACAAGAUUUCAGAGGAGACAGAAGCUCCCAAGAAGUUGACCAAGAAGGAAAAAAUUCAGGAGAAAGCGGAGCCUCCGAAAAAGCUGAGUAAGAGGGAAAAGGUCCAAGAUGAAGUGGAACCUGCGAAGACAAAAGAGUCUACUCAAGAGACUUCUCCUGCGGUGCGGUCAAAAUCUACAAAAUCUCGACCCAAAGACCCUGAUCCAGAAGUGGAAAGGUCUUUGUCUGACCGGGAAAAGCGCCGAGAACGAGAGGGGCGGCCCUCGAAGAACCAACGUAGCGUCGCCUUGGCCAACAUGGUACUGGGUACACCCCAGUCCAAAAGCAAAUCGACUCGCAAACCCGGUUCAUCUUCAAAGCCCGUCUCCAGACGUCCAUCUUUUGAUGAAGAUGAUAAAACUGCUGAUUCACCACCGGAUGAGAAGCCUGACGUUUCUGACAAAGCAGCCAAGCUGAUGGGCAUGGAUCCUUCUAGGUCUCGGCGUGAGCGCCCGCGCACGGACAGACGCAAGUCAGGCCGAGACCCAUAUGCAAUCGAGGAUGAUGACCUCGUAAUGGUCGAUAUAGAGGAUGCCGAGGGUCACUCACCUAAAGAGGGAUCCAAAGGCUCAAGGCGCAAGUCAAGGAGACAGCCGCGCCCCAGACCUGACGAUGAGGAUGAUGCUGUCCUGGUUGAUCCAUAUCGAGCAUAUCCCACCGCAGAAAUCAUGUCAGGGCCAGAGGAUAUGGCCUUCGUUGAUGCAUACCCAAGAGAACGUCGUCUGAAGCGCUCCAACACCGCACCACCGAAGAAACAGGAGAGCGGUGGAUUAAUGGGGCUUCUGGAUUCGCUCAGAAAAACCACACGCCCAGACCGUCCAGAAUGCCCAGAGAUGCCUGAAAGACGGAAGUCGCGCUCGUAUCGUGACGACGACGCAAGAUACCCGGCAGAAAUUGAACGCGACGGCGCCCGCAGAGCGCGCCGCGAUGAUCGACGCCGGGGAUCCGUCCGACCAGACACUGACGCCGAGGGAUUCAUGACUGACGCUCCCGGUGCAGCGCCAGGGGGCGAUACAGAAGCCGAAGAAGCGGAAGCUCGGCGAGCAGCACGACAUGCACGACGCGGAUCCCGCAAGGCACCUUCUGACUCUCGUGAAAACGAAGCUCGGGAAGCUGAGGAGCGGCGCGCCAGGCGAAAGGAGCGAGCACGUGAACAACGUGCUCGCGAAGAAGAAGAGGAAGAACGUCUACGUGAAGAAGACCGUCUACGGGAGAUAAGGCGUGCCCGACGAGCUGCACGCGAAGAACGUCGUGCUCAAGAAGAGCAAGCAGCUCGCGAAGCUGAAGCCGAAGCGGCGGCUGAAGCUAGAGCGGCAGAGCGACGCGAACGCCGGCGAAUGCGCGAAGAGGAGAUGAUGGCCACGAGAGCGAGUCGACGUCGCGAACGUGAGCAAAGAUUUCCUGAUGAUUUCUAUGCCGACGAGCGUGAGACAAGCCGUCGAGGAGCUCAUAGUUCCCGCGCGUUUGAAGAACCGAUCGCUCGUCGACGCAAAUCCAAGGUCGCUCCUGAGCUAUAUCGGGAGCCGCUCAUGACUGGUGGUUUGACUCCUGGCCGCGGUGGAAAAGAUAAGAUUUCCUCCAAAGUGAUGAGCCUCCGGAGCCACCGGAAAUUGUCCCCACCCUUAUUGAUAUGCCCCCCCCUUGCAGCCGAUGAAGGCGGCAAUGCCCACUCGCUUUCGUCGGAUGAGGAGGCUCGCCGCGCUCUUCGCCGUAAGGCACGUCGUCGUGCUAGAUAUGAGGAAGAGAUUGAUGAUGCUCGUUCCCGACAUCGUGGCUCUCGUCGUGAUGGUAUGAAGAGCAGCUCUGGGAGCGGUGAUUAUGAACGUGAUCGUGGAAUGAGGUCUCAGCCUGGGAGCAGACAAGAUGCUCUGCCGAGCUCUGGUGCUAAGAAGCCAAGUUGGUUCCGCAAAUUGACGAACCUGUAA